AAUGGUUAGGCCUUUAUUGUCUUGGCUUGCUUCGGUGCUAUACCCAAAAUACAAUAAACGUACUCCCAGAUUCGCCAUGUCGACCCAAGAAAUGUACGGUACACUCCCUCACAUCUAAUCACCCUUUUUGUUUAAGAGCCGUAUGAAUAACCACAUGUUCACAGUGACUCUUCCCUCAUCUGUUGGGUCCUGGAGUCCCUCUGUCAGACACCACACUUGCCUGCACUUUGUACGUACUACGUAGAGUCUGGCACCUACGACCAUCUGUAACACAUCAUACUUAAUACCCAUCCCUUAUGGCAUCACACACAUACCCUCCCCCUGAACCUCGUACUAUUCCACCCCCAACCAACAACACCCUGUCAUCAAAGGAGCGCUCUGCACUCGUACGCUCGACCAAGAAGAUAGGUCGUAUGCUCGGCGAUAUCCCGCGAUUUGUCGAUGAUAUCGAAGAUCAGUUCGUCAUGGUAACGCCCCCAAGACCGCCCACUCCAGUUGGACCCUCCAAAGAAGACGCAUGGAGAAGUCGCAAACCAACUCACCUUCCCCCGAUCAUGAGGCUCUCUGGUGGUAUUGCCGUGGACUCCAGCUCUCCACCUAUACCUUCACGUACUGCACCUCUUCACACUCCAUCCAAGGAGGCUGCACACAGGCGCAGCAAAAUGGAACGGUUACGAAAGAGACUAGGUGAAGAGGUUCCAAUGGAAGCCGUUUUCCCAUCCACCACUAGCCCAAGGACAGCCGUCUCACAUACCACGAUGCCCGAACGCUCGCGUAACCAUAGCCGCUCGCGGUCUGUGCACCCUUCACUUGACGAUACUGUCACAUUCUCGAUAGAUCAACACACUGUCGUUCUCAAAACCACCACACGAGCCAAUCAGCCUCACUCACCUCACCCUCAUCGUUCUCACCAUCCGCACAAAUCCGCACAUCGCCCGCCGCCAUUGCCUAUGACCGGGCUACCACCGUUGCCCAAGUCCAAGCUUCCCCGCAUCUCGGAUGAAGUGGGCCUAUUAGGCGUAAGGACCAAGACGGCGGCAGGCUCCAAACUCGGUGGUGCAGAAUUCAAGGCUGCGAGACGUGCCAAACGGGAGGGCUUUGGUGAAGUGGAGAUGGUCGGGUUCAUGGGUGGUUUUUAGGCCUUGCUCUGGGCCUCCACCAUGUGGUCAUGGUGGAUAUAUGCAUAUACGGUGCUCUCGCAUGGAGCCAUUCUAUGCUUUGGGAAUCUUGAGGUUCCGGUAUGUGGAUCUAUACGAGUCUGGGUAUGCCUUCAUGUCGUCUCUAUGCCGUCAAUCGGUUUCUCUUCAUGACAAUACGCACUACACACCGUUGGGCUGGACCCUGUAUCGACUGACGAACGUUGCCUCCAAUGAUGCUUUUUUACACUAUAAUGUCAGUAGUUCUAAUAUCUUCACCUAGUUUUCCAGCAGUCGAAUCAGAAUGUACUCUUGAUAUUAAGUAGUCGUGGGAAUUACAAUUUUGCGAAUAUGAUAACCAGUUUAUUCCGUCCGGUCCCGACUUA